UUGUCAUUUCGAUUACUUCUCCCAUGACCAUCCUGUAAAAAAAAAAACCAUUAAAAUCAUGACCACAGGCGUGGCGACCAUAGUCCUCUGGUCGGUGCUCCUGGCCAUCACAUCGAGAUACGCCAUUUGGUACGUGUCAACAUUCCGAAAAGCCCUGCGCAUCGAAGGUUCGACUCCUCUACCAAGUAUCCGGAUCUACACCCCUCGUUAUUCACCUCUGAUCUAUAUGCGAUAUGCCGUCCGUGACGGGAUAUGGCAGCACAAGGGGACGCUGCCGCGCAAGGAACUCGGUUCGGACGUGUACUGGAUGCUGGGACCGGGCGGACCUCAACUAUGGGUUGCCGAUCCCGAUCUGAUCAGCGAGAUCACGCACCGAUGGAAGGACUUUCCGAAGCCGGUUAUGUACUACACGCAGCUGCAGCUCUUUGGCGAGAAUGUGCUCACGGCCGAGGGUCCGCUGUGGCAGUUUCAUUGGAAGAUUACUAUUCGCCUUGUUUUCGCCGAAUCUCAGGAGCAGGCCAAAGCGAUGGUCCGUUCGUGGUCCAAGGAGAGCAGGGAAAAGCGAGAGUCAGCCUCGUCCGCGAUCACCGUCGACGAUCUAGAGAACUCGGUCAGGAAACUGGCUCUGCAUAUCAUUUCCGCGGCGGGAUUCGGCCAUCAAAUGCAAUGGGACGAGAGUCUAAAGACAUUUGUGGAUGAGGUCUGGCUUCUCAUGAUCUUUCCAUCGUGGCUUCGGAAGUUUUCACCGUCGGCUCAUCUGCGAAGAGUCCACAAAGCGCCCAGCAUCUUUGCGAAACAUGUUCAACAGGCCAUUAACGAAACAAAAGCUGAGGAUAAUAUGCGCAAAUCAGCCCGGAGAAAUGAUCUGCUCAGCAAUAUGAUAAAUAGCGACGGUGUCUCCCAUGGCUCGGACAAAGACGGUCUUAGCGACGAGGAAAUCACGUCAAAUGUCCACAAGGAACUGGAUACGAUCUACGGAGAGAAGUCGGAAGGCGUAGGACUCGCCUAUGAGACAGAUUAUCCGAAGAUGAGACAUCUUAUUGGCCCUGAUGCUGGAAACGCUCCGCCUAUUCCCCUCGAUAUCCGGUAUCCCCAAAUGGACCGACGACAAACACCAGACUGCGCACUACAACGGCCAAACAUUCGAUAUCCCCCGAAUACCAGUAUCGUGCUGGACGUGGUGGCCGUCCAUCGCAAUCCGCGAUACUGGGGCGACGACGCACAUGUUUUCCGCCCUUCACGUUGGCUCAUGGACGAGACGUACGAACCGCCGGCGGACUCGGUCAGCCACUCGAAGCAUCAUGCGAAUCUGUUAGGUCCGCGGAAGGGAGCGUUCGUCGUCUUCAGCGAUGGGCAUCGUGAUUGUCUGGGUAAAGGGUUUGCGCAGGCGGAAUUCUGUGCGGUCAUUGCGACGUUACUGAAAGAUUGCUCGAUUGAGUUGGUUCCGCCUGAGGGGGCUACACCAUCCGAUGAGGUAUGGAGUACGAUGUGUCAAGACGCAUGGAAGGCUCUGGACGACAGGAGGAAUAUGACGAGCUUCAAAAUGUAUGGGAAGGUUCCUGUUCGGUUUGUUCCUAGAGGAUCAGAAUGGCGUCGUUGA